AUGCUCACCCGCGCGACCCUCCGCACCACCACCACCGCGGCCGCCGCGGCCCGCCGCGCCGCCUUCUCGACCACGCGCGCCCGCCUCUCGUCCCCCUACCACUACCCCGAGGGCCCGCUGUCCAACAUUCCGUUCAACCCGCGCAAGAAGGGCUUCGGGAUCGCGUACUGGACGUUCAUGGCUACGGGGUUCGGGAUGCCUUUUGGUAUUUGCGUCUGGCAGACUUACCACCCGGCCAAGUAA